AUGACUUAUAUUAAUGAACCAAAAGGAAAUUAUUAUAUAAUUGCUGACCACUUGCGAACUACCAUUUUUGCCCUAGCAGAUGGAGCAACGUUUGAACCCAAAGGGCGAGGCUACAUUCUUAGAAAACUGGUCAAAAAAGCCACCUUGUUGAGCCAUUUGCUCCAUUUAAAUAGCGAGCAUUUACAAAAAAUCAGUGAAAAAUUAAUUGAAGUUAAUGCUUCCUAUUAUCAGCAUUUAAAAGAAAAAGAGGUUUUAAUAAUUAGUGAGUUAAAGAAAGAAAUCGAGAAAAACCAGAAAUUUAUUGUUAGAACUAACCAAGAAUUAGAAAAAUAUUACACUCCUGAAAUCAUGGCCGAAGACAUAUUUUUUUGA